AUGUCAAUGAAGCAGUUUCAAGUCAUAUAUUUGCAUCUGCAAGAUGUGGGGAUAUACGGUAGCUUCGUGCUGUCUGGAAGCUCUUUGGACAGCAUUAUGGACAGAUUUGAAAAGACAGCUCUUAAACUAUCUCCUGGGAACUUUAUUAAUCUUCAGAAAAGAUUGGUGGAUGAGAUAGCUAAAGAUUUCUGCUUCCGACCAGAGAUUUUGGCACUUGUAUACGUUUCCGAUCUGCAGCAGCAGGAAGAGGAACAUAGAGAACAUCAGGUCCUGGAUACAGAUGUUCAAAAUUAUGCUAGCAAAAUAGAAGAAUCUCAAAUUGCGGUUUUAAUUGACAACAAUCUAAAAGGGAAAACUCUAUACGUUGAUUCAAUGUCAACCAGCCGAAGCUCUUCACUAUCAACUCACUCUUGUCAGAACAGUCAAACAAGUAGUAGUUCCAUGAAUUCUUCUAUAUCUCAGCAAUCUUCACCGGAUGUGCUGGUAUAUCCAAUGCACAACAAAGCAGAGAAAGAGUACAAUUUCUCUAGACUUGAUUCACUGUCAAAAUAUGAAGUGGUUGCUCUAGGCACCGAAGAAAACCAGUGGCUAGUAGCUAUGAAACUACUGCUCCAGAACACAAAGGAGAAAGAAAGAUGGCAGCGCCUUCUUCAGAAAGUCGACGUCACUUGCAAACUUCUGGUUGGGCAGCAGUUCAGCAAAUACACUGCACAUGAUACAGCUUCAGCCCAGUAUUGCUUGGGCAGCUUCUUUGCUUUGAGUAGACUUCUUGCCAUAUCAAGAAUUGUUCGAUUCUUCCUCUCAGCUACACCAUUCAGCUGUGAAUAUGGCUCGGAGCUUGGCUUGGCUUCGGAAUAUGGCUUGGAGCUCGGCUCGGCUUCGAAAUAUGGCUUGUGGCUCGGCUCGCGACUCGGCUUGAGGCUUGGCUCGGCGCGGCUCAAAUAUGGCGUGCGUGUGGCUCACUCGUCUUCUUCCUCGGGGCGCGUGGGAUACAGUGCUGAAAUUUCAGACGGAGAGUGUGGUCCACCUCGUGCUCCGAUUGAUCUGAUUUUUGCACCGUUGAGUUCUUUACUUCAACAAUGGCGAACAUAUACGCUACCUGAUAACCAAGGCAAAUUGGGAGGCUACUCAGGAGCUGCCAUUUGGGGAAGCAGCCCCGCUAUUGAUGUAACUAGGAGACUGGUUUACGUCGGAACUGGGAACCUCUACACAGCUCCUCGAGAAGUGACCCAGUGCCAAGAAGCACAAAACAAUCAGACAACAAAACCAGCCCAGCCAGACCAGUGCAUCGGGCCAGAUAUCCACUUCGACUCAAUUUUGGCUAUCAAUAUCGAUACUGGAAGGAUUAAAUGGUCAAGGAAACUGAGUGGCUAUGAUGUUUUUUACUUUGCAUGUUUGGUUCCUAACAACCCUGAUUGCCCUCCAGGACCUAAUCUGGAUGCAGAUUUUGGAGAGGCACCCAUGUUGCUUACCAUCACCGCUAACCGAACUAGACGUGACGUUGCAGUGGCUGUACAAAAGAGUGGCUUUGCCGUGGCUCUAGAUCGAGACACUGGAUCUAUAGUCUGGUCUAAACUGGCAGGACCAGGUGGUUUGGAGGGAGGAGGGAUAUGGGGGGCAGCUACAGAUGAGAGGACAGUGUAUACGAACAUUGCCAACAGCAAUCGAGAGAGAUUCACACUGGCGCCGUCGAACCAGACAACAACAGUAGGAGCAUGGGUAGCACUGGAUGCAAACUCAGGCCAAAUAUUGUGGUCCACAGCAAACCCCAGCAACGAAGCUGCUCAAGGACCCGUAACAAUAGUAAAUGAUGUACUCUUUGCAGGAUCGGUGGCUCCAAACGGCCCCAUAGAUGCAAUGGAUGCCAAAACUGGCAAUAUUCUGUGGUCAUACAACACUUGUGCGACUGUAUAUGGAGGUGUCUUAGCAAGUUACGGGUGUAUCUAUCUUGGGAAUGGCUAUUCAAUUGGCCUGGCAAGGUUCCACCCUUCUUGGACUGGUGGAACUUCACUCUAUGCUUUCUGCGUUGCCUAAGUGGCAGCUCGAUCGAACCUGGCGAAAUGAAUGAACCUAAUAAAACCAUCAUGUUACUUAUCUCCUUUGUCUCUAUUUCCUAAG